AUGGUCCACCUGCAACCAAAUCUGAUGCCCAUGUGCCCAAAAUUCUCAUCAUCAUCUAAUUCCUUUCAUGCAACUCCUCAAAAUCACAUUGCUUCUUCAGUUCGUCCCAUACACCAAUAUAAUCCACAACCACAUCAUGAUCCGUUGCUGCCAAAUGCAUCCCUUGAAUUUUCAUCGCUCUGUAAUAGGCAACACUUGGUCAACCAACCUUUGUCUAACUCAGGGACACCAAGUAAUGUUCACACUGAUAGCCACAAGGGAAAGUCAUGGACUGAGGAAGAACACAGGUUAUUUCUGAUUGGAUUGCAAACAUAUGGGAAGGGAAAUUGGAAGAACAUUUCUGAAAAUGUUGUGAAGACAAGGACUCCAGUUCAGAUUGCUAGCCAUGCUCAGAAGUUCUUUAAUCACCAAAUCAACAAGGGGAACAAAAAGAGAAGAAGAAGAAGCAUCCAUGAUAUCACCAAUCCCGAUGUGUUAUUUGUUGAACUUCAAUACUAUAACACGGGUGGCCUUAUUAAGACCAUGGAUUGA